ACAUCUACACUUACUCUAGAGAGAGAAUCUCAGUGAGUUUAAUGAAACUGAAGAUUCAAAGAGAGAGAAUUUAGAAGAAAACGAAGAGAGAGAAAGAGCUGAUGCAGAGAAGACCCAUCAUCAUUAGCAGAAGAAGAAGAAGAAGAAGAAGGAGAUUCGAAACAGAGAGGUCUUUGGAUUCGAAACUACACAGACAACAAUGCCUUUUUCACCUGAGAAACCAAACCCAGUUCCUCCAUUGAAGAAAACACAAACACCAUCGAGCUGGUCAGACCUCUGGCUCAACAACAAGAAAUCUCUCAACAAUGUCGUCUUUGCUAUGAAACUCCAUUCUCUCUCCAAACCCAAACCCCAACCUGACAAAACCCUUUUCUUCGAUCGCUCUAUGCUCCUCUCAGAUCCAAUCUCUCUCCUCUCUGACCAACUUCUCCUCCAAAUCCUUUCCAAACUUCCCCAAUCUCAGACAAAAUCCAAUUUUCUAGUUUCCAAACGCUGGUUCAAUCUCCAAGGCCGCCUCGUUCGUUCCCUCAAGCUUCUAGAUUGGAACUUUCUCGUCUCCGGUCGUUUAUUUCUUCGAUUCCCAAAUCUCAUCCAUGUCGAUUUGGUUCAUGGAUGUGUAGUUUCGCCUGAAAACUCGGGUAUUUUGUUGACUCGUAAUCUUGUUUCUCUUCAUAUUGAUUCCAAUGUUUCCCCAAAUGGGUUUGUUCCUGAGAAUUACAUGUUAUCAAUUGAUGAAGUUGAUUCUGGUUUGAAAUCAUUAGCUGGUGGGUACCCAAAUUUGAGAAAACUUAUGGUUAUCAAUGCUAGUGAAAUUGGGUUAUUGAGUGUUGCUGAGGAGUGUCCUACAUUGCAAGAAUUGGAAUUGCAUCGGUGUAACGAUCAGGUUCUGCACGGUAUCGCGGCGUUUCAGAAUCUUCAGAUACUGAAAUUGAUUGGAUUUGUUGAUGGGUUUUAUGGGUCUUUGGUUUCAGACAUUGGUUUGACUAUAUUGGCACAAGGGUGUAAGAGAUUGGUGAAGCUUGAGCUCAGCGGAUGUGAGGGAAGCUAUGAUGGGAUCAAAGCAAUUGGGCAGUGCUGCCAAAUGCUUGAAGAAUUGACUCUGACUAAUCAUAGGAUGGAUGGUGGCUGGUUAUCAGCUCUUUCAUAUUGUGAGAAUUUGAAAACUUUGAAGUUUCAAUCAUGUAAGAGAAUCGAUUGUAGUCCUGGGCUUGAUGAGCAUUUGGGUUCUUGCCGGACACUCGAGCAUUUGCAUUUAGAGAAGUGCCAAUUGCGAGAUAAGCAGAGUGUAAGAGCAUUGUUUCUCAUUUGUGGGGCUGUGAAAGAGAUUGUUUUCCAGAAUUGUUGGGGAUUGGACAAUGAUGUAUUCAGCAUUGCUUGUAUCUGCAGGAGGGUGAAGUUCCUGUCUUUAGAAGGUUGUGCGAUGCUAACAACUCAAGGCCUGGAGUCUGUGAUUCUGUCAUGGAAGGAGUUUCAAAGGCUCCGAGUUGUAUCCUGUAACAAUGUAAAAGACAGUGAAGUAACUCCUGCUCUUUCAACUUUGUUUUCCGUUCUUAAAGAAUUGAAGUGGGGGCCUGAUACCAAAUCUCUCCUUCUGUCAAGCCUUGCUGGGACUGGCAUGGGAAAGAAAGGUGGGAAAUUUUUCAAGAAGAAGUGAGACCUGAAAACCUACCUGAUGCUUCGAAUCUAUGACAGAUUGUAGUGCCAACCACACCAUUUUAUCAUAACCGACUAUAGUUACAAUGGUAACUACAUUAUGUUGUAAACGACCACAUUCAAUCAUAACUUUUGAUGGUGUGCACCAUGAUAUAACUUUUGAUGGUGUGCACCGUGAACGCACCAUAGAAUUUUCCAUAUUUGAAUGAUUCACUUGGUGGAUGCAAAAGGUCUUGUUAUUACACUGUACUACUGUAAUGUAAUCAUUGUACUAUCGAUUUGUAUUUUGAUGGCAGAAUGUAAGUUGCAAAUUGAUAUUAUAAAUUGUGUAACCAUUUCAUUGACCUACCUCUUUUCAAUAAACUUGGGGAGAGUCAUGAGAUUCACUUUGCCAAACCAAUUGGAUGUUGAUAACACUAAUUAGCUGUUGA